AUGGGGCCGCACAGUGGAGACAAGGAGAGUGGGAAGAUUCCAUUUGGGGAGGUUCCCCAGUGUCUGAAGUGGGGGGGGCUCUCCAUCACCAAGGCAAGCCCACGUCCCCACACCUCGCUGCUGUGUGUUUUCCAGAGGGAGCUGAAAGAACAACUCCAGGCCCUCCAGGACAGCGAGCGGGAGCACACUGAGGCACUGCAGCUGCUCAAGCGACAGCUCGCAGAGACUAAGUCUUCCACCAAGAGCCUGCGGACCACCAUUGGUGAGGCCUUCGAGCGGCUGCACCGGCUGCUGCGUGAGCGGCAGAAGGCCAUGCUGGAGGAGCUGGAGGCAGACACGGCACGCACACUGACCGACAUUGAGCAGAAGGUCCAGCGCUACAGCCAGCAGCUGCGCAAGGUGCAGGAGGGCACCCAGAUCCUGCAGGAGCGGCUGGCUGAGACCGACCGGCACACCUUCCUGGCCGGAGUGGCCUCCCUGUCUGAGCGGCUUAAGGGGAAAAUCCAUGAGACCAACCUGACAUAUGAAGACUUCCCGACCUCCAAGUACACGGGUCCUCUGCAGUACACCAUCUGGAAGUCCCUGUUCCAGGAUAUCCACCCAGUGCCCGCUGCACUGACCCUGGACCCAGGAACUGCCCACCAACGCCUGAUCCUCUCCGAUGACUGCACCAUUGUGGCCUAUGGAAACUUGCACCCACAGCCGCUGCAGGACUCACCAAAGCGCUUUGACGUGGAGGUGUCAGUGCUGGGCUCCGAGGCCUUCAAUAGUGGUGUCCAUUACUGGGAGGUGGUGGUGGCAGAGAAGACCCAGUGGGUGAUCGGGCUGGCACACGAGGCCGCAAGCCGCAAGGGCAGCAUCCAGAUCCAGCCCAGCCGUGGCUUCUACUGCAUUGUCAUGCAUGACGGUAACCAGUACAGCGCCUGCACGGAGCCCUGGACACGGCUCAAUGUUCGCGACAAGCUGGACAAGGUGGGCGUCUUCCUGGACUAUGACCAGGGCUUGCUUAUCUUCUACAAUGCUGACGACAUGUCCUGGCUCUAUACUUUCCGCGAGAAGUUCCCAGGCAAGCUCUGCUCCUAUUUCAGCCCUGGCCAGAGCCAUGCCAAUGGCAAGAAUGUCCAGCCGCUGCGGAUCAACACAGUCCGCAUCUAGUCUGGGCCAAGGCCCACAUCCUCCUGGGCCAUUACCACCAGCAAAAGCCCAGUCCAGUAGAGGGAGGCCUGGACUCGGCCCACAUCCACCACUCUGAGACCUCAGGCCGGUUGUUUACCCACCAACCUCCUUUGUCUGUGACCUGGAGGUUAUGCUCCAUGAUUCCUCAGCUCUCUCCCAGCAUUGAUAUUCUGUAGCUCCGACUUUGGUGGGGACGUGACAAGGUUUCUCCUCAGGGCAACUCCUGCCCAACACUCAUCCCCAUCCUCUCAAGGGCAGGGACUACCUCCUUCUGUCUCCCACCUGCCCGGCUGCCCUUGUCUCAGGAUUUGUCAGAUGUGACCAGUAAUUGACAACCUGAAAGAUGCACAGAACCCUCUGUGUCCAUGACCUAAGACUUGCCCUGACUGAGCUAGCGAUGGGCCAUUUUAACCCUUGACCCCCAACAGUCCCACAGUGGACAGAGGCAAUAGCUGUUCCUAGAGUUGUCUGAGACAUACCCCCUCCUGCCACCCUGUACCCAAAGCUCUUUUCCACUGAUCAGCAAGUCAUAGAGGAUGCUGUGUCCUGUGGAAGGUACCUAGUAGUUGAGCCCAUGUGUUACUAUGUGACCAUGUCACCCCUUUUCUACCCACAACCCAAGGACACCUUCGGGACUGAUGUAGAGUCCAUCAACUAAAGGCAUCCGCAGGACAAGCAUCGCUGGAUGAUGAAGAUCCCCAACAGCUUUGGACAGAGUCCAGCCAGCCACGUUCAGCCAGGCCUCUGUGACCUGCUAGGCUGCAGAGAAGCUGCUGAGUGCUUGUUUUAAUCAGGACCUGAGCUCUGGGAAGGGCCCUUGGCCAGGUCCUGCCUUUAGACUUGACAUCUAUCUCACUUAGGAUCCUGCUGC